AGUUUGGAUGAACCCGACCCCAUGGAGAUGAAAUGCUAGGAACGCAUGACUUGUCUCAUAUGCAGCAGAGAGCCAGUACUAGUGCCGCACUACUUUUUGGUGAACUGGCGAGCACCAACAGCCUUGUACAUACUGGUCUUUUUCAUACCAGCACUGCAAUAUCACUUGGUUACGUGGCGUGUCCCAUGAGUGCAGUACAAGCUGAUGAGGUGGCGAGCACAAGUAGUGUCCCGCAGCCACCAAGAAUUCAAACAGACCCGUAGAGCCCAUAGUGUCCUUCCGGAUGUGCUUGCAAAUCCUUAUUGGCAGGCAACAGAUUCUGCAGCACCCACAACUUCCCCCAUUCACUACCCAACCC